AUGAGCGGGGACCUUAGUUUGUCCAAAGCACUCGGGGGAUUGCGUAUUGCGAACCCAGACGACUCGGAUGCUGCACAAUUGGAGGAAGCUUCGUCAUCAUCGACAGUCCUGCCCUCUACUGACCCCCCAACGAACUCCGGGUCUGCGACACACAAACCGUUAACAACCGAGCCCAGCCUCGCGUCGACGAUAUCAUUUCCCUCAGGCAGUAAUGGACACAGAGAUGCUUCAGACGCUGACCUUCGCAACCAUCUCGACCCCAACGUUACCGCCGCCUCCGACGACACCUACCGCCGAUCGCAAACAACCGAUCAGCCGGAUCUUCAGCGGGUAGGGGUUCACGUCGCCCCUACCACGCCUCUCUCUCAAUCCACUGCUCCAUCUGGGGUCGUUUUCGAUACCGAACGAGUAUCGAUGCACCAAUCUGUUCCGAGAACCGAAGCAUCACGCUCAUCCACAUACGGAAUGCCGCCGAGGGGCAACCCCAGGUCCGCCACUGGGCAUCCCGACACAAUACUCUCACGAGAAGGCAGCCGGUCUUCUCGUCAAGGACCCGUUCCCCCUUUGUCUGGGUCCCUGCCACCCCGGCGGAGCUCCAAAGGAAUGGGCGUCGGUUACGCCGGUGCCUCUGGUGCUUCUACCCCUUCACGCCGAGAUCAAUAUGGCCUAGAGGAUCCUCUUCCUUCGUCCAGCGAAGAAUGGAAAGAUAGAGGUGCAGCAACAGGUGUACGGCGUGAAGUUGACGCAACCGGGAAGACCGUUCUCCGGCACGUCAAAAAAGGCGUUCGGGACUUCAAUUUCGGCCGAAUACUCGGGGAAGGGUCGUAUAGCACCGUGUACUUCGCCACGGACCGGCAAACCCUCAAGGAAUAUGCAGUGAAGGUCCUUGAGAAGCGGCACAUCAUCAGGGAGAAGAAGAUCAAAUACGUCAACAUCGAGAAGGACACUCUGAAUCGGCUCACUGAACAUCCCGGGAUCGUUCGCCUCUAUUACACAUUUCAGGAUGAAGCCUCGCUAUACUACGUGCUUGACCUUUGCAAUGGAGGCGAGCUUCUAGGUGUGCUUAAGAAGACUGGCACCUUUGAUGUGGAAUGCACCAGAUUUUACGGUGCACAGAUCCUCGAUGCCAUCGACUACAUGCACUCGAGAGGGGUUAUCCACCGCGACCUGAAACCUGAAAAUGUUCUGCUUGAUGACAACAUGCACGUCAAGAUCACAGACUUUGGCACGGCCAAACUACUGAAAGACCCACGAGAGGCGCACUCGCAGCAGGAUGGCUCUGGCAGAGGUCUGCCCGAUCGCCAAGCGGAUUUCGAAGACAACAGCCGUGCGGCAUCCUUUGUUGGCACCGCAGAAUACGUGAGCCCGGAACUUCUGACUAGCAAAAACGCUUGCAAAGCGAGCGACUUAUGGGCUUUCGGUUGCAUAAUCUACCAGCUGCUCGCUGGGCGUCCACCGUUCAAAGCCGGGACGGAGUAUUUGACCUUCCAGAAAAUCGUCAACCUGGAUUACGAGUUCCCCCCUGGUUUCCCCCCGGCUGCCCGAGACCUUGUGGAACGAUGCCUCGUGCUUGACCCGACGCGCCGACUCACCGUGGAGCAUAUCAAGAAUCACGAGUUCUUUGACGGACAGGGUUUCGGCAAGAGCUUGUGGAGAGGCAAAGCGCCCCGCCUACGACCUUAUGUCCCUGCCCCCCAGGAGCCUACCCGAAUACAGCUCAAUGGCGGCCACAGUACCAGUGCCGCUGAUGCGGCCAACUCAUCGAAGGGCCCGUCCUCCCAGAAUGCAGGCGGAUUAGGCGGAAACCCACGCCCGGCAAGGAUCAUCGCCGAACUGCCACCUCCAACACAACUCGACAUUGAGUGGUCACCCGUGCUGACCCAUAACGACGAGCGGAUUCUCAAACUGGGAGACUUGAUUGUUACUUCAAGCCCGCUGCCAAAUAGUCCGCAUGGCAAAGGGGGCGAGCAUGGCGAGGGUCACAAAAAGCUCUCGCGAUUUUUUGGAGGCAGCACGACGAAGAAGAGACAGAGACUAGUCCUGGUAACAUCAAGUGGGCGAGUCAUCUUUGCGCCCGCUGGCGGGGUCGAGAAAAGAGCGAAGCAGGAGCUCUCCCUCCUAUCACCAGCAUGCUCGUGGAGAAGUUAUCUAGACUCCAAAGGCCAAAAGUCUUGGUGUAUCGACACAGAUAAAUACCACUUCACAUUUGAGGAACUCAAGUCGACCACGUAUUCCUCACCGGACGCCGGCAGCUUCUCAGCGGAUGACUGGAUCGAAACGCUAGGGAGAGCGAAGGACUUGGCCUUGUCUCAUUCCGGAGUGGGCUCGUAUGGUAGCGACAAUGGAUUUGGGGAAAUGUCGUCCGCUGUGUCCAGUCCAGCCAGCACCUUGGGCGGGCGGGGUCCCUACGCAGAUAAUUACGGCGCUGCAGUCAUUGAACGGUCCGGGAGAAACCAUCUCACCAAAGGCCAAGGAGGCUUAGACGAGGCCACUCCUAAACGAAAUCGGUUCAGCAAGCGACAGUCGAAGAAUGGUCUUGGUGCCCAGUUUUGA